CUUCACACCUACACUCAAUUGGAAGGAAUUCAAGACAAACCCAAAUUUAUACCGAAAUAUUUGCCAUGUGUUUUAGGUAUAAUAAACUCUGAACACAGCAGAAAAGAUUUUAUGUCCAACACUUCCUGCAACCUCACAUGCUAUGUGACAGCAUUGCUUCAGUACCUUCAGCAAAAUAGCCUCAGCCAGUGAAGCAAAUACAAGCACCUCAAGAGGCGUGGCUAACUUUCAAGCGCAGCCUUUUUCCUUUGCUGUUUUUUUUCUUUUUUUUAUAGGUGACAUAGGAGCCCUUGUUGGCCCUGCAGUUAACUUAAUAGACUUGAAGCUGAUAGAGAGCAAGUGAAACAGAAACAUGGCAUUUGUUAGAUUUUUGAUCCCCUUCUUUAUGAUCGGCACUGAUACCGCUUUCUCUUGCCGGAAUACUGAUGACUUUGUGGGAGCCAGUUCUCCGGGGGACAUUGUUAUUGGAGGUUUGUUUGCAGUUCAUAGUGAAAUGAUGCAUCCAGAAGAACAUCCCAUCAAGCCAGUCAUUCAGAAUUGCGCUGGCUUUGAAAUUCAAAUUUUUCUUCAGACACUUGCAAUGAUACAUGCUAUAGAGAUUAUCAACAACUCAACGCUGCUCCCCGGAGUUACUCUGGGCUAUGAAAUCUAUGACACAUGUGCAGAAGUUACAAAAGCCAUGGCAUCUGCUCUGAGGUUUCUGUCUAAAUUCAAUUCUUCUGAUGAUGUUGUGGAGUUCAAGUGUAACUACUCAGACUACAUCCCAAGAAUUAAGGCUGUCACUGGAGCCACCUACUCAGAGGUGUCGAUGGCAGUUUCAAGGCUGUUGGCUUUGCAACUAAUCCCACAGGUCAGUCCUGCAUCAUCAGCUGAAAUCCUCAGUGACAAAAUCCGGUUUCCUUCUUUCUUCAGGACUAUCCCCAGUGAUUUUCAUCAGACAAGAGCAAUGGCCCACUUGAUCUGUGAGUCGGGGUGGAAUUGGAUUGGAGUAAUAGCCACUGAUGAUGACAAUGGGCGGUUCGCUGUGGAGAGCUUUGGAGUCCAGGCCAUGGCAAACAAUGUUUGCAUAGCUUUUAAAGAAAUGCUGCCUGCCUACCUCUCUGACAAUACCUUUCACACCAAAGUUGAUCAUGCAGUUGACAAGAUUGUCAAGGAAACCAGAGUAAAUGUUAUUGUUGUCUUUAUGAGACAGUUCCACGUGCUCAAACUAUUUAAGAAGGCAAUUGAGAGGAACGUAAAUAAAAUCUGGAUUGCAAGUGAUAACUGGUCAUCUGCAGUCAAAAUCAGUACAAUUCCCAAUAUCAGACAGCUGGGAACCAUUGUGGGAUUUGGAUUUAAAAGCAGAGACAUCUCUGCUUUUCAAGACUUUCUAAGAAACCUUCAUGAAAUGCCCACUGACAACAACAAGUUUUUACGUGAAUAUAUUAUGCUUUUGUCAGUCUGUGCACACCUGGAAUAUUAUGAUUUUCAAGCAUGCAUUUCAAGCCAGUCCCAGGAUGAUCUACUGCAAAAUGUUGAGAACAAACAUCAGAUCUGGAAAGAUGAUUUUUUGAAUGCUAACAUUGAACCAGGAUUUAUCCAUAGUACUGUAAUUGCAGUCUAUACCAUUGCUUACGCCAUUAAAGGGCUAUGCAAAACCAGAAACUGCAAGGAUCCCUCUGCCUUCACUCCCUGGGAGCUCCUUGAAGAACUGAAAAAUGUUACAGUCAUUUAUGAUGAUAAAGAAAUCAAGUUUGACUCCAACGGAGACAUGAGCACCAGUUAUGAUGUAUUUCUUUGGAAAGAAAUUGAUGGCCACAUGAAAAUCACCACUAUGGCAGAAUAUGACCCAGGGAAAGGCGACUUUAUCUUUGAGGAUGAAGAGAAAAAAAAGGCAUUUCUGGAUUUAAAGAAGGUUCAAUCAACAUGCUCCCAGCACUGCACACCAGGGCAGAUGAAAAAGGUUACAGGAAGUCCACACACAUGCUGCUAUGAGUGUGUUUACUGCCCAGAAAACCAUUACAGCAAUCAAACAGAUAUGGAUUACUGCUACCAAUGUGACAACAAAACCUACUGGGCUCCCAUCAACAGUAGUACAUGCUACAGCAAGACAAUCCAUUUCCUCGCAUGGACUGACUGGUUUGCUAUUUUCCUCCUCCUCCUCUCUGCUUUUGGGGUUGUGUUGGUUUUGUCAAUUAGUGUAAUAUUCACUAAGAACUUGAACACGCCAGUUGUAAAAGCAUCUGGAGGUCUAACUGUCUGCUACGUUAUUCUCUUCAGCCACUUCUUAAUUUUUUUAAGCACCACCUUCUUCAUAGAUGAACCCACAGAAUUCAAGUGUAAAACUAGGCAAGCCUUCUUUGGCAUAAGUUUUACACUCUGCAUUUCAUGCAUUUUAAUCAAGUCACUAAAAAUUUUACUAGCCUUCAGCUUUGAUCCCAAGCUGCAGAAUUUCCUGAAAUGUAUGUAUAAACCUGUUCCCAUUGUGGUCACCUGCACUGGAAUUCAAGUUGUCAUUUGCACCUUCUGGCUGAUAUUUAGGACACCUUUUGUAAAGCAGAAUUUCUCAAUCUCAAGAGCAAUAAUUCUGGAGUGCAAUGAGGGCUCUGUUUUGGCUUUUGGGAUUAUGUUGGGCUACAUCGCUGCCCUAGCCUUCAUUUGCUUCAUAUUUGCCUUUAAAGGUAGGAAGUUGCCAGAGAACUACAAUGAAGCUAAAUUUAUCACCUUUGGCAUGCUAAUUUACUUUAUAGCAUGGAUUGUCUUUAUCCCUGUCUAUGCAACUACAUUUGGCAAAUAUCUGCCAGCAGUGGAAAUCAUCGUUGUUUUAAUAUCCAAUUAUGGAAUUCUCUGCUGCACGUUUCUUCCAAAGUGCUAUAUCAUCAUUUACAAGCAAGAAACAAACACAAAAUCUGCCUUUCUCAAAAUGAUUUACACAUAUUCCUCCAAGAGUGCAAGCAGUGUUGCUGUUAGUCAGAUUUCUUUGGAUUCAAAGUCUUCCAGCUCCCGAGGUACUGUCUCAGACUCAUGUAAAUCUCAGCAAAAUUCUGUGAAUGGAAAUGGCCAUUUCCAAGUGCCUGGGCAGACACUAAUAAAAGGGAAGGCUCUUCCUAAAAAUACUGUAAGGACUAUGGCCAGGAAAAGACUCUCCAGCAUAUGACGGGUCAGCGUUAUAGUACUUGAAGAUGAAAAGCCAUUUUAGGGAGCCAUUUCUCUUUCAGGUCUCUUUCCUUUUGCCAUACCCAAGGAAAUCAGGCCACACAAAAUGCCUCCUCCCCUGGUACUUAAGCAGUUAUCCAUUACCAGGUUUGAAAGGUUUUCCUGGCUCACACAGUCCAGCCUUGUGGCUUGCCUUGCCUUGUGGGCAUCAUGAGGUGCAGUCCCCUUCAGCAGCUCCCUUUUUUUACCCUGGCUGCUCACGUAGGCCUGCAGGAACCUCUUUCGCAAUCUCACUUCCCUGAGUGGGGCAGAAGCAUCAGGAAAUUAUGAUUUCUCACAGGCAUGUAGGUGGGAUGAUAUGGGUUUACCCCAAUUUUUUGGCAUCUCUGAUGCCCAAUUGUUUAAAGAGCUCUUCUCACCUCACUCUGUCUUACAGAUCAAACAGAACCCUCUUCCAGCCUUUGUUUGCUCCAGUAAACAAGCCCAGUCCUUUAGUCUCCACCUUUAAGAUAGGCUUUCCAUUCUCCUGAAUAUCCCAAAGUAACCCUUUUCACCUGGUAUCAGUGAAUCCUUUUUUUUUCUCCCCAAAAUUGCACGUCUUAUUCCAGAUGAGUGCUGCAGUAACUCUCAAAGUUCCUUGUAUUUACCAGGAUGAUAACCGACCAGAGACUGGCCUAUCUAAAAAUCUAAGAACUUCUCUGGAGUUCUGUAGUUACCCGUAUGUUCAUCUACUUUUUUCCUCAUACUCAAAGAAAUACAUUGAUUCACCUCAUGCACCUCCUCUGAUCAUGAGGAGAGACAACCCACUAUGUUUGUCCCCUGAGCUGAGGAUCUAAUGUCAGUAUGUGAUGUCAAAAUUUAUAAACACUACUUGUUUCCUUUCAGUAGCAUAAAUAAUGUAAUGACAAGGAUCAGCAUGAGCACAUCCUUGGAAUUACAACUUUUUCAUACGUAUUUUAAAAAUCUGAUUUUCAACAAGAAAACGACAAUGCACCAUUCCAGUAAGCAGAAAUAGCACAAGAAUGAACUGACAUGAGCUGUGCUGGAUGAGUCUCUGCUCCACCAGUGCAGCUACGCUGUGCCUUCUGUAUGAGAGGAACAGAAAGGAACGUUCCGAAGAGGAGGAACUUUUCUGACAGGACAAAAGGAAUUUAGAGCUUUUUCAAGCCCUAAACAGUGGAGCUAUGUUGUCAAUCCAGGACCGUGAAAAAUAUUUUUCCGUGUUUAUAAAGCCAGACCAUAGAAACUUUGCUAUAUUAACCUCUGUGCCAUGUUCCUGGGAAAAAAUACUAAAUCCCUUGAGUUUCGUCCAUGCUUCUGUUUAGAUUUGGAAUAACUGGAUGUUGUGCAGGCCAUAAUAAAGUUCAGUAGGUUUGGUGUUAUACAGGCAUAUUGUAUUAUUGUUAUGUACAGCAUAUCUAUUUUUCUAUCAUUUCUAUUUAUAUAUUGUAACCUUUAUCUAUAUGUUUUUUCUACUCAUUUUUUUUUUAAAUAGCCAUGAAUCACAUUUCAACAAUGGACACAGGCAAUUAAAUCAUUGUGAUGUGUAGAUUAUAUAUAUAUAUACACCAUGUAUCUGUGACGCCAUUUUUAAAGUCAUUUGAAUGGCUAGUGUGCAACUUACACACUUGAGUAAUUAUGUAAGUUCUGUAGAUGAUUGGAAGAAUGGAGGUUUAUGCACAUUUAUUUCUAUGAUGAAUGCUGCUCAUACAUCAGUUGUUGCAAAUACUGUUCUGAAUGUGACGGUGUGCACAAUAAGGUUAAAAUUCCUGCAAUUUGGCUGCCAAUGCAGCAAGUCUCUCCCUAGAAGAAAGACGCAUAGCUUUCUCUGCGCAAUGACUGUCAGCACUCAGCUGGUUAGGAAAGUUCAUUUGGCUUGAACAUUUUGCAUGUAUUUAUUGUUUUCAAAAGGGUUGAACAUACCAUGUAUUGAAG